UGUGUGUGUACUGUUGCCUGUAUGUAUACUUGCAUGUACAGUACUUGCGUUUGACUUAUUAUCUCUUACAUGCAUGAAAGGAACAGUUGUCCUUGGUCGUGUUGCACAGGGGAGUUGCUCCAUCAGUGUUAAACAGUGCUGGGAGCCUGAGGGGUUUCACAGCCUGAGUUUUGAUGAUUUGACCCACUCAGAGAAAAUACAAGUCGGAAAAAUUUUUGAAGACCCAAAUCAUUUCCAGCAUGUCAAAACCUUCUUCCACAAAAAGGAGUAACUUUCUGAUCAGGCAAAAGCUGGAGGUUUAUAAAAACCAUCAGACGACCCCAACUUAUCACCCAACUGAUUCAGAGAGCUGCUAUUCAUGGGUCGAUUUUCCAAAAGUGGCUACAGGAAAGGGCACGUUCCUGUUUUAAGACAGACAUCAUUGACCCAUUAGAGACUGAGUUGUUCAGAAAGGCAACAACCUACUUUGUCGUUCCAAAGGGGCAGACCGGUGCAUGCAGCACUUGAACUGAUCCACUGCCACUUAAUUGUGACUGAAGAAUUUGCAAUGUCCUUAAUACAGUCAGCUCCCUGCACAUUAGCUCUUCCUCUUGCACUGCCCAGUGUUCUUGCUUUACUUGGCACUCAGGACAGGUCCCAGAGGACUCGUUAAGGGCCAAGAUGGUCCCUAUUUUUGAGAAAGGGAGAAAGACGGAUCCGGGUAACUACAGGCUCGUUUGUCUCACCUCUACCCCUGGGAAAACCUUUGAAAAAUUUAUCAAGGAUCACUUUUGUGGGAGUCCAGCAGGAAAAAUAAUGCUGAAAGGCAACCAGCACAGGGUCAUAGCAGGUAGAUCCUGCCUGACAAACUUGGUUUCUUUUCACAACCAGGUUAUAAAAUGCUUAGAUGCCAGAGUUGAGGUAGGUGUCAUUUACUUGGAUUUUAAAAAAGCCUUUGAUACGGUAUCUUAUCCCAUUCUCAUAAAUGAGCUAAAUGGCUGUGAUGUAGAUGAUUACAUGGUCAAGUGGGUGGUGAAUUGGCUUAGGGGUUGCACCCAGACAGUGGUGGUGGACGGGUCCGUAUUGACCUGGAAAGAUGUGGGCAGUGGGGUCCUGCAAGGUUUGGUCCUUGGACCGGUGCUGUUCAAUAUCUUCAUCAGUGACUUGGAGGGGGCGUGGAGAGCACUCUGUCCAGAUUUGAAGAUGAUACCAAAGUAUGAGGCAAAGUAAACACACUAGUGGGCAGGGAACAGAUUCAGGUGGAUUUGGACGGGUUGGAAAAGUGGGCAGAACAGAAUAGGAUGCAGUGUAACAAAGAUAAGUGCAAAGUGCUACACUGUGGGAGAAGGAAUCACCAACACACACACAGGCUGGGUGGUGACUCUCGAAGCAGCACAGCAGCACAAAGGGAUCUCGGAGUCAUAGUCAUCUCCAGGAUGAACAGGAGACAUCAAUGUGAUGAAGGGAUCAGUAAAGCUAACCACACAUUAUCAUGCAUCAGUGGGUGCAUCACAAACAGGUCUAGGGAGGUGAUCCUCCCUCUCUACGCAGCACUGGUCAGGCCACAGGUGGAGUACUGCGUCCAGUUUUGGGCGCCGCACUUCAAGAGGGAUGUGGACAGGUUGGAGAGGGUCCAGAGGAGACCACUCAUGUGGUUAGGGGACUGCAGGUAAGGUCCUAUGAGGAGAGAUUGAGGGACCUAGAUCUCUUCAGCCUCCACAAGAGAAGGCUGAGAGGUGAUCUAGUGCCUGUCUAUAAAUACAUCAGGUAGGCGACAGCAAGAAAUAGGAGAUGCUCUGUUCACCAGAGCACCCCUUGGACUUACCAGAAACAACAGCCACAAACUGACAGAGAGAAGAUUUAUAUUUACAGGCGGGAAUGGGGCUUCCCACCCAGCUGCAUGGAGGUGCAGACAGUCCGAAAGGCAGGGCGAGGUUCCAGGAUGACCUGGAUAGGCUGGAGAAAUGGUCUGCAGUCAAUGAGAUGAGAUUCAGCAAGGACAAGUGCAAAGCCCUGCACUUGGGAUGGAAUAACCACAGGACCAAAUAGAGACUGGGGAAUGACUGGCGGGCUGCAGGACUGCAGAGAAGGGCCUGAUGGUUACUGCAGCCCAGAGGCUGAGCGUGAGCCAACAAUACAACAAUGUGCUCUUGUGGCAAAAAAAAUAAUAAAGCCAACAGCAUCUUGGGUUGUGUUAACAGGAGCGUGACUUGCAAAUCGAGGGAAGCGAUUCUUCUUCCACUCUGUGCAGCACUGGUGAGGUCUCUCCUGGAGCGCAGUGUCUGGCUUUGGGCCCCGCACUUCACCAAGGAUGUGGACAGAUCAGAAAGAGUUCAGUGCAGAGCAACAGAAGUGACACGGGGUCUGGGAGACAGACUUAUCGGAAAAGGCUGAAAGUGUUAGGGUUGUUUAGUCUGGAGGAGGGAAGACUGAGAGGGGAUUUGAUAGUAGUCUGCCAACCCCUGAAGGGCAUUUUACAGACAGGAUGCAGACGGGCUUUUCUCUGUGGCCGUAGGGGACAGGACUAGGAGCAGUGGCCUCAAGCUGCAGCAGGGGAAAUUGAGUCUGGAGCUGAGGAGGAACUUUCUGACUCGGAGGGUGGUCCAGGACUGGAAUAGGCAGCAAGAGAAACUGUGAGGUCUCCAACCUUGGAGAUUUGCAAGAGCCGGUUGGACGGACACUUGGCUGGGGUGGUCUAGUCAGGGAGGGUCCUUCCUUGAGCAGGGGGCUGGACAAGAUGUGAUCCAAAGAAACUUGGGGUUGGCAAUUUGAGUUUUGCUGAGACUGCUUUCCAUACUCUGCACCUGUACGUUCAUAUUUGUAAGUAACUCUGCAUUGCGAAUGUUUCAGGUCCACAUGGGCAAGAAAGAAAAGAAUAAAGGAUCCAAGAAAUCCAACCAGGCACAGGAGGGUGAAAGCCAAGAGCCAGAGGAUUCAACAUGGAGAAUUGUCCUGGUUGGUAAAACUGGAGUUGGGAAAAGUGCCACAGGAAACACCCUCCUCGGGGUCAAAAAGUUUGAGUCCAAACUGAGUGCACAGCCCGUCACUGUGGCAUGCAGCAAGGAGAGCGGGACAUGGCACGGACAAAACUUUGAGCUUAUUGACACUGCCAACAUCUUCGAUGGACAGGUGCCAUAUGAUUCCCCGGAGAUCAAAAACUGCCUCCGGCUCUGUGCACCGGGCCCCCAUGCUCUGGUGCUGGUGACCCAGCUGGGCCGUUACACUAAAGAAGACGAGGCAGCAGUGAAGCAAGUAAAGCGGAUUUUUGGUCCUAACGCCAAGAAGUUCGUGAUUGUCUUAUUCACUCGGAAAGAAGACUUGGGCGACGGCUCCCUGAAGGAGUAUGUGACAAAGUCUAAAAACAAAGGUCUCCGGAAGCUGAUCAAAUGGCGUGGGAAACGGUACUGCGCUUUCAACAACAAAGUGACUGGACAAGAGCGGGAGAACCAGGUGAAGGAGCUGAUGCAGCUGGUUGAUAAGGUGGUCAAGAAGCGUAAAGGCAAGCCCCUCAUAGAUAAGUCAGAAGGAGGCAUGCCUGCCAAACUCACUGAAAAGCCAGUGAGCUCCUUCACGCAAAAAAAGGCCAGAAAGAGGUGGUGGCUGAAAAGACCCUAAAAAUGUCAUAAUUUCUCAUUUCACUGCUCCCUUGAUUUGCUUCCUGCACAGCCGGUUGUGAAAAGCCUUUCCCUGACACACCACCAAGAUUGCAUUGCUUCCUCUCCCCACCUUCACGAUGGCAGCGGGGUAGUGCGUGCAUGCCCGAGCCCAGCAGGAUAGGCCACACUUUUAAUGUGUGAGAACACUCAGUCUUACUAACUAGUUUAAUUGGUAAUACUGAAUUACCAAAAAUAGUGGAGUGAUGCUCUAGCUGUGAUGGUGCAGAAAUUAUGCCAGAGGCAAGGAGCUCUUAGGGUGAUCUCUUUUAUUGGAUCCACUAGGUAGACAAGCCUUUAAAUGCACAAUCUUCCUCGGGCAUCUGCACAGAGGCAGGGAGGCACAGCAAGACACAGGCUUAAGAAGAUGUUGCUGUGUAGUCUGGCUUCUUUUUUUCUUUAGAUUGCAGAUUUUCCACCAUAAGCAGUGGAUUUUGAUAUCUUCUGUGCUGUGGUAGGGUAAGAGAUGUUACAGCUGAGAUGGUCCAGAAUGGAAACAUUAAACUGUAGUUGAAAGGUGAGUGACGUUGUACCUGCCGCAUCAGCCAGACACAGACAGGGGAAGAAGAGACUCAUUCAACUGCAAACGUGAUACCGUUUCAUUUGGCAGCUUAUUCAGACAGAGACAUUGACCAAGAGAGUGUCCUAGGGAAUAACGUCUGUCGGGGCCAGGAUGGCAGUUCUCAAAUCUAAGGCAACCUGCGUUAUGGCAAGAGGGCACAACGAUGAAUGAUAUUUCUGAAGGUGUGAGCCUGGAGCAAAUGUGAAUUCCUGCAUGCAAAUACUCCCAGGACACCAGAAGUAGGAUGAUAACGGGAAUUAGCUGUCCCUUCAAAAACUCCUCCACGACAGACAAGUCUGUGCAGCUGUAUCCUCUCUGCACAGCUCGCUGGAGAGAGAGAGAUCAAAGCUAGCAGGACCGUGACUGGCUGCCUCAUGUCAUCCCUCUGGAUUGCCGUGCUGACAAAGCCUGUCUCGUUUCAAGGACAAGGGUUUCACUCCUUCGUGCAGCAUUCCCUUCCCUUCCCCAACUAGUUCUGACUUUUCUUUCUCUCCCUCUCUAUUCCCUAUAGACAAGCAUAAGCGAGCUCAGACUUAGGAUAAGCUUUAACAUUUUUUUCUCUUUUUUUUUUCUUUUUUGGUAGCAAGUUUUUGGUUUUGGAUAUCCACUGUUUUAUAUUGGAUAAUUAUUAGGUUUGUAUUGAUUUUUACUGUUGUAUAUUGUAUUAUUAUCAUUUUCGUAUUGAUUUUUAUUGUUUCAUAUGGAUAUUGUAUGGUUUAGGCCUGUGUUUGUAAAUGAACUAAAGUCAUGUCAAGUUUCCAUUUUAGAUGUCAAGCCUCCAUCUUGUGUCCUCUGCCUGGGCAUCCCAUGUUGCAACAAUAUGAUUCAUUGUACCUCUCCCAUGUAAAUUGGUUCCCGGAUGAAUGAGACUGAUUGGGAAUGAUUGAAAUACAAUGGUAGCAGGUCUCUACUGAACGGCCUGUAAUGACUGGGCCAUCACCUCACAUUGAUUCAUCCAGGAACCACGGACCUCACUCAGGAACAGAGACAAGAUCAGCAUUUGAAAGACAAAAGACCCUGCAGAACCAGCAACUCGACCAUUGUACCCACCAUUACAGACACCCAGAAUUGCACGUCCCUGCAUGGAGCACACAUGCUCAGUACGCCAGGGGCUGACCCUUGCCUGGGCAUGCCUCCUGUCACUAAGGUCACACACAGUCUGCCCCUAUAAAAAGGGGCAGUGAAGACAGACUCAAUGGGAACACCAUUUCCAUCCGGACCAGACCAGCUUCAUGUCACCUAUCUACCCCAGAGACCCUGCCUCCGACACCCUCUGGACAACACCGAGCUGAAGGAGACCCCGACUGGCCAUCGAGGAUCAACUUCCAGCUUGGGAUAGGUAGAUAUUACCUGCACACCUCCUCCUACAAUUUGGACUCUCUCUCUCUCUGUCUCUCCUCCUAGACUUCAGUGGACUUCUGCCCCGGCACCAAGCCUCUCUAACCCCUGCUGCCAUUGUGUGUGUCUGUGUGUGUGUGUUGGGGGGGGUGCAAGGGAACCAAUAAAACAUUGUGUCACCAUCUCCCCUGUUCAAUAAAACCACUGUCAUUUGCAA